GUCGCGCCCUCAUCUCGCUGCAUGUACCCCGCGCCAUACCCGCGGCCCCCACGCAUCCCUCCUCCACCUCCUCUCCCUCCUCCUCACCCUUCCCCCGCAACCCUGUGCAUGUGGCGAGGGAUGAGGUGGGGGUUGAGGGCGCGGCGGGGGAGGGCGUGGCCAGGGAGGGCGUGCGUGUGCGGGUGAGGGGCAGCGCAGUCGAUCUGGCGUCCAUGGGGGGGCUCUUCCUCAGAGAGCGGGUCAGCUGGGGCCAGGAAUGGGUGGACCAAUUGCGAGCUGACACGUGGAUGCAUGCCUUCAGCUUCACCGGAGCACAGCAGCAGGAGGCAGGGAGGGAGAGGCAGGGUUGGGAUGAGGGUGGCGACAGGGGCAACAGCGACAAAGAUGUGAAGAGCGGAGGGGUCAGUGCUGCAGGUUAUGCUGGUGCUGCACCACAGGAGAGGGACACUGGGAAUUCAACGGCAGAGGGGGAAAGUGCUGGGACUGCAAUGCGAGAGGGAGGGAGUGCAGGGAGUGCAGUAGAUAGUGGUGACAGCGGUGCUGUUGACGUCUUCCAAGUGUUGCUCGACGCCAGCCACGGCACCGCAGAGGUGCUUGUGGAGCUGCCUCUCCGUGCGCACUCAGGCUCACAGCCCCGGUGGGUGCUGGUAAAGCUGCUCCUCACUGUCGCCGACCAAGCGCCCAAUCGCCUCCUCGUUCGUGUGGCUGCUGGAUAA